GCAGACCGCGUGGGGAAAGACGGGGCUAUGGGCAUAGGGAAGGGGCGGAAGAAGGGACAGGGAGCAGGACCGGGACCGGGAAAAAGAAAGGGGCAGGGACUGAGACCAGGACAUGGAAAGGAACAGGGACCGGCCCCGGGAAGGGGCCCGGCCGCCGCCACGCCACGCGGCAGGAAGGAGAAAGCGUUGGCCAACCUGAAGCCCAAGCACCCCGAUGAGCAGGAAAUCCCUUUCCGCCUGCGGGAGCUCAUGCAGAGCCGUGAGGCCAUGAAGCGCCCCAAGGCCCGGGCGAGGCGGGUGGCAGAGAAGCCACAGCGUCCCCAGGGGGCUGAGGCACAGGAGGACAUCCCUGUGCCCAGGUUCCGUCGGCGCAGAGGGGAAUCAGAGCGCUCCUACGCGUGCCGCAUGGAACGGGAGGUGCAGCAUAUGCUGGUCCUCAGCAAGAACCAGGUGCAGCGGGAGCCUGAGAAGGAGACAGCAGCACCGCAGAAGUCUCAGAGAAAGAAAGAGGCUGGAUCUGAAUCCAUCCCUUGGAGCAGCUGUACACUCCUGGUGCCAGGCCAGGCAGGGGAGAGCAGCAGAGCUUGGCUUCCGAGGGGAUUCCAUGGGGUAGAAGCUCUCUUCCUCCCUGCGGGUUGUAAGAUAGCUCUUCAGGUUUCAGAACAAAAAGCUGGACAAAGUGCGGAAGAAGAAGGAGGAGAAGAAAGAAGCUUUGCUGGAGAAGAGGCUGUUCCAAGACCCAGUGGCAUUCGGUGAAGUUGUGACAGAGCCACCCACCAUCACCUCACGGCCCCGCAGUGGGGGUCCCACCGAGAAGGUGAGGUGUGGGGGCACAGAGCUCUGUGCCUGUCUCUGCAUCUCUGACCCGCCCCAUCUCUGCCCACAGGCCGGUCGGAAACGGCUCCUGCUGACACCUCGCCUGGGCCAGAGCCGGGCAGCCCCCACUGUGCCAGUGUCAAUGGCUCGCCAGCGCAUCGUGCAGGAGGAGCGAGCGCGUGUCAUCCAGGCCUACCGGGACAUCCAGAGGCGCAAGCAGCAGCAGCGGGACGCAGCACGGGGAAGCACCCAGCCUAGCAGCAGGGUACCAGGCUGAGCCCACCUGUCCCACUGAGGGGACACAACCCCUGGACCCCCUGUGUGGAGCAGCAUUAGGGUUACACUGCCCUUGUGACAGUCAGCUGCGUGCACAGGCAGCUCUGGGGACACGGAACCCUGGGACUCAAUGGGGACUGUUGUCCUGUUCCCACUUUGCUGCCAGUGCAGAGACCUGCACCCUUCCCAGCACCUCGGAGUGGGGCACCCCACAGCCUAUGUGGGGCCACGGACCUGUUUGUAGUAAAAGUGCUGAUAAAUGCUGA